AUGAAGGUUUUUCUAGAGAUAAUCCUACUCGUGCCCCUGAUAAGUCCAGGCAAUCUACAGGACUCCAGAUGUCCAGAUAUCUGCAGCUGUUCCUUAGGAGUUGUAGACUGCUACGGGAGAGGUCUCCAUUUCAUUCCAGAAAAUCUGGAUAAGGACACCCACACCGUGCUUCUUGCCUACAAUAAAAUCACUGCUCUGAAGACCUUGUCCUUCCAUAAGUACCCGAACCUGUACCAUCUGGAGUUACACAACAACCUCAUCUCCACCAUCGACCCUCAAGCUUUCAAGAACCUCCAGAACCUCAGCUACUUGGAUCUUAGCAGCAACCAGUUGACCGCUCUAACACCCGAGAUGUUCCGGCCGUUGUUCGGUCUAAAAACGUUAAACCUGAGUAACAACCGGAUCGCCAGGUUACCUGAGAACAUUCUGAAGCCUCUCGGAAAUUUGACCGCACUUUAUCUACACAACAAUGCCCUGAUCGGCCUGAGGGUGGACAUCUUAUAUAGCCUACCGGCCUUGACCCAGCUGAGAUUGGAUGGGAACCCCUGGGUGUGUACUUGUCAGAUUCAGUUUCUGUUGUCUUGGAUGAUAGACAAUGCUGAGAAAAUAUAUGAGAAAGAAAGAACUUUAUGCGGUGUCCCAAAAUAUCUCAACCAGUAUCCGGUCAUGGACAUUGCGCGGGAUUCCUUUGACCACUGCCAGCAUUUCUUCACCCUGUAUGAAUACCUGUACUUCCUGCUGAUUGGCAUGGUGCUAUUCAUGAGCAGCACCAUCCUCUGCCUGAUAACAGGGUCACUCAUUGUCUCCUACGAACGUUUGGUGCUAAAAGUCCAACGAAAGCCACACGUGUAUAAGAAAAGGAUCAUCCGGAAACGGGAGAACACAACAAAUGGCCACCACUUACCAGUAUGUCGUAUAUGA